AUGGAAGAUAUGGAAAGAGUUGAAGGAGUACAUGUAAGGAUAUGUGAGGGGAAGUGUGAGGGGAAGUGUGAGAGCAAAGUGGGGUGGGAUAUGAUGUGCGAAUUGAUGUUGCUGGUUCUUUAUGAUGGAGGCUUGGGAAAGGGGAAGGAGGAGGAGGAGGAGGAGGAGGAGGAGGAGGAGGAUGAGGAGGGAGAGGGAGAGGGAGAGGGAGAAGGAGAUUGA